AGCCGCCGUUUCCUCUUUCUUUCGCGCUCUAGCCUCCCGGGAAGUCCAGCCCAAGUGUAGCUGGGCUCUGAUUGGUUCCUUUGAAAGUCUACGGGUAACCUGAUUGGCGGAUCCAAUCCCCUUUAGCGCGGAUCUGUCAUACCUAUUGUGUAACAAUGGAAGACUACACCAAAAUAGAGAAAAUUGGGGAAGGUACUUAUGGAGUUGUAUAUAAGGGUAGACACAAAACUACAGGUCAAGUGGUAGCCAUGAAGAAAAUCAGACUAGAAAGUGAAGAGGAAGGGGUUCCUAGUACUGCAAUUCGGGAAAUUUCUCUAUUAAAAGAACUUCGUCAUCCAAAUAUAGUCAGCCUUCAAGAUGUGCUCAUGCAGGAUUCCAGGUUAUAUCUCAUCUUUGAAUUCCUUUCCAUGGAUCUCAAGAAAUACCUGGAUUCUAUCCCUCCUGGUCAGUUCAUGGAUUCUUCACUUGUUAAGAGUUAUUUGUACCAAAUCCUUCAGGGGAUUGUGUUUUGUCACUCUAGAAGAGUUCUUCACAGAGACUUAAAACCUCAAAAUCUAUUGAUUGAUGACAAAGGAACAAUUAAACUAGCUGAUUUUGGCCUUGCCAGAGCUUUUGGGAUACCUAUUAGGGUAUAUACACAUGAGGUAGUAACACUCUGGUAUAGAUCUCCUGAAGUAUUGCUGGGGUCAGCUCGUUACUCCACUCCAGUUGAUAUUUGGAGUAUAGGCACCAUAUUUGCAGAAUUGGCAACUAAGAAACCACUUUUUCAUGGAGAUUCAGAAAUUGAUCAACUCUUCAGGAUUUUCAGAGCUUUGGGCACUCCCAACAAUGAAGUGUGGCCAGAAGUGGAAUCUUUACAGGAUUAUAAGAAUACAUUUCCCAAGUGGAAACCAGGAAGCCUGGCAUCCCAUGUCAAAAACUUGGAUGAAAAUGGCUUGGAUUUGCUCUCGAAAAUGUUAGUCUAUGAUCCUGCCAAACGAAUUUCUGGCAAAAUGGCACUGAAUCAUCCAUAUUUUGAUGAUUUGGACAAUCAGAUUAAGAAGAUGUAGCUUUCUGACAAAAAGUGUCCAUGUUAUAUGGAGGAUGGAUAGUUGUACUGUUGACUCUCUUUUUGUCUUGUAUAUUUUUCUUCUUACUGUAAAACUUCAGCUGUACUUCAUGUUCUACUUUCAAAAGUAUAACUUAAAAUGUAAAUAUUGUUCUAUAUGAGUUUAAAUGUAAUAAUUCUGUACAUGUGUGUAGAUCUCACUGUGACAACUGUUUGUUACUAUAAUAAAACUAUAAAAAUCUAUGGAUUUUAAAAA